AUGCAGAAGAGCCUGGGAGACAACGACGUCCUCCCUCCAGAUGUGCAGCACCAGCAAUUCAGGCAGUUUCAAUAUCAGGAGGCCGAGGGGCCCCGAGAGGUGCAGGAGAGGAUGGCACAGGAGUGUUACCACGGAGCAAACUUUCUAGUUGAUGCCAUAAAACCUAUGAUGGAGAAUCAUGAUGGAGAAAAAGCGGCUUCUGUACAGACAGAUUGCAAGGACUUCUGCUUCUCCAACCUGAUUCCAUAUCCCCAGUGGAAGAAGCAGGAGAUCCAUUUGUCCAAGACGCAGAAGAACCAGAGGGAUCAGCAGUGGAGAAUCCACACAGGGGAGAAGCCUGAUAAGUGCUUGAAGGGUGGAAGGAGCUUUGCUUGGAAGGGAGACCUUUCUGGCCGCCAGCGUAUCCACCCUGGGGAGAAACCUUAUAAAUCCUUGGAGUGUGGAAAGGGCUUCGCUUCGAGUUCAAAUCUUACUUUCCAUCAGCGUAUCCACACUGGGGAGAAACCUUAUAAAUGCUUGGAGUGUGGAAAGGCCUUUGCUUCUAGUUCAGAGCUUAUUGUCCAUCAACGUAUCCACACUGGGGAGAAACCUUAUAAAUGCUUGCAGUGUGGAAAGACCUUUGCUAGGCGUUCAAGCCUUACUAUCCACCAGCAUAUCCACACAGGAGAGAAACCUUAUAAAUGCUUGCAGUGUGGAAAGGCCUUUGCUUGGAAUUCACAGCUUACUAUGCAUCAGCGUAUCCACACUGGGGAGAAACCUUAUAAAUGCUUGCAGUGCAGAAAGGCCUUUGCUUCAAAAUCAGAGCUUACUGUCCACCAACGUUUCCACACUGGGGAGAAACCUUAUAAAUGCUUGCAGUGUGGAAAGAACUUUGCUGUCCGUUCACACCUUACUGUCCAUCAGCGUAUCCACACUGGUGAGAAACCUUAUAAAUGCUUGCAGUGUGGAAAGAGCUUUGCUCACAAUUCAGCUCUUAUAGUCCAUCAGCGUACCCACACUGGGGAGAAACCUUAUAAAUGCUUGCAGUGCAGAAAGGCCUUUGCUUCGAAAUCAGAGCUUAUUGUCCAUCAACGUAUCCACACUGGGGAGAAACCUUAUAAAUGCUUGCAGUGUGGAAAGAACUUUGCUUGUGGAAAAAGCUUUGCUCGGCGUUCUCACGUUACUAUCCAUCAGCGUAUCCACACUGGGGAGAAACCUUAUAAAUGCUUGCAGUGUGGAAAGAGCUUUGCUACCUGUUCAAACUUUACUAUCCAUCAGCGUAUCCAUACUGGGGAGGAACCUUAUAAAUGCUUGCAGUGUGGAAAGAGCUUUCCUCGGCGUUCACUCCUUACUCUCCACCAGCGUAUCCACACUGGGGAGAAACCUUAUAAAUGCUUAGAGUGUGGAAAGGCCUUUGCCUCGAAUUCACAUCUUAAUGUCCAUCAACGUAUCCACACUGGGGAGAAACCUUAUAAAUGCUUGCAGUGUGGAAAGGCCUUUGCCUCGAAUUCAGAGCUUAUUGUCCAUCAGCGUAUCCACACUGGGGAGAAACCUUAUAAAUGCUUGCAGUGUGGAAAGAGCUUUGCUCGGAAUUCACAGCUUACUAUCCAUCAGCGUAUCCACACUGGGGAGGAACCUUAUAAAUGCUUGCAUUGUGGAAAGAGCUUUGCUCAGAGUUCAUAUCUUACUAUCCAUCAGCGUAUCCACACUGGGGAGAAACCUUAUAAAUGUUUGCAGUGUGGAAAGAACUUUGCUGUCUAUUCACGCCUUACUGUCCAUCAGCGUAUCCACACUGGUGAGAAACCUUAUAAAUGCUUGCAGUGUGGAAAAAGCUUUUCUCAGCGUUCUCACUUUACUAUCCAUCAGCGUAUCCACACUGGGGAGAAACCUUAUAAAUGCUUGCAGUGUGGAAAGAGCUUUGCUCGGCGUUCAAACCUUAAUGCUCAUCGACUAAUACACACUUGA